GUUGACUCAAAAUGUGUUUGUCGUUAACAGAAUUAUAUAAUAUUUAGUGUCAUCUCACAUAAAAAUAGUUACAUUUACGAUUGAUUAUCUUCUUUGGUGGUGAUAACAAGAAAACGAUGAUUGCGUAGAAGAGGUUCUGUCAGAGACGAUUUUAGAAAAAAUGGGGGAAUGAUCUAGGCGAACGAUUCGUUUAGACACAAAACAAAGAAGAUAAAUUCUUUUACAACACAGACAAUGUCCAACGAUGACAAUACCAAAUCUGGAUGUGGAAAAUAUGCGGUUUUUCUACAGAAACCUUUUCUGCUGGUUGAUCAAUCGGAAUUCAUAUGCGGUUGGGGUGCAGCGUUUAUCAACAUCACUGUCACUUAUCCCAUUUACAAAAUCAUUUUUCGGCAGAUGCUGCACGGAGUUCAGGCUAGUUCGGCGUUUCAUCAGCUGCGCAGGGAAGGAAUAACAUUUUUGUAUCGUGGAAUCUUUCCUCCGUUAGCACAGAAGACCCUUUCACUGGCAUUAAUGUUUGGUGUCUACGAUGGAACUCGACGACCCCUGGUCGAAAUCGGUUUCAAUCCAUAUGUAGCGAAAAUAAUAGCUGGUGUAGCGGCUGGAACAGUUGAAGCGGCACUGAUGCCCUUCGAACGUGUCCAAACAUUACUCGCUGAUUCAACAUACCAUUCGCUGUUCAAGAACACCGCACAAUCAUUUCGGUAUGUGUGGUCGAAUCACGGUUUCACGGAACUGUAUCGCGGUUUGACACCAAUUUUACUGAGAAAUGGCCCAUCAAAUGCAAUGUUCUUUGUGCUGAGGGAAGAAGCAGCCAGUCGGCUGCCGCAAUAUUCUGAUCCAAUGGCACAAACCGCUCAGGAAUUCAUGUCUGGCGCUAUAAUCGGUGCGGUAACCAGUUCCAUAUUUUAUCCGUUUAACGUUGUCAAAGUGUCCAUGCAAAGUACGAUGGGCACGUCGAGAAUAAGUAUGUGGACGGCAUUUAUGAAUGUGUACAGAGAGCGCGGAUCAAAAGUAGCUAAUGUCUAUAAGGGGUGUACGGUGAAUUGUUCGAGGGCAUUUAUCAGUUGGGGUAUUAUGAACACCGCAUACGAACAUAUGAAGAAACUUUUGUACAAUUUCCAACAUGUGCGUUGAUCGAUUGGGCGGAAGAGGAAGAGGUUUGGGUGAUGGAUUCACGCAUUCAUUAUAAAUCCUAUUUUUAGAUGGAAUUUUUCCUUCAAAUUUUUUCUCGUUGUUAGUCAAAUUAUUUAUUUGUUUAAAAAAAAAUAAAUUUUGUCGUUGGUUGGUAAAUGGAAUCGAAAACCGAAUCGGAAUCGCUCGGAUAAUUAUCGUGGCAACAAAAUAAUAUUCAAGUGAAAUUGAACCUCGCGUGCAGUGUACCUUAUUGUGGACAUCCUUUAUGAAUUACUCAAUCAGACCACUUCACGGAUACCGUCGGACAUAGGAAUGCGAAGACUGAUGUUUCGCUCUUAUUUGUCGAGUGAUUUCAACAGGGAGACAUUUUAUUCCAUGAAAUGUAUGAAACGAGUGGUUUUUAUACUACUUUGAAUGGUUAAAGCGGUGCUUUACACGUCCUUGACAUUGCAAUUUUUAGUUCAAGUAAUUGAAAGUCUGACCGGACUGACUAUCAAAAAGCCGUUCAGGGUCAAACCUGAAGCCUGAUUUUGAUGACAUUUUGCUGUUUCGCUUGAUACGACAGAGUGAAGUCUCCAAACAUUGAUUUUGUUUUCAUUAAUGUCAUUGCCGGUACCACGUAACUUUGAAUAUAUCACUGUCAAGGUUGUGGACAAACAUUUCCAUUGUGUAUCAAUACAAGGGACUAUUUUUGGAAAAAUUUGGAAAAACAUAGGGAAAUUCGGGAAAAUGUAGAUAAAUUUAGGAAAAUGUUUUACCAAAAAUAGUCCCUGAUUCAAUACGGUAAUUACAUGUGGCAUCUACCAACCCGUCUCGAUUCUUGCACAAACUUUUGGCUACGUCGCCGAACUAUCGCUCUGACUGUAUAUGAAAGUAGAGUUCAACAUUUCUAUUAAACAACUUGCCUGUAUUCCCAUGAAAUUUUAUUAACAAAGUGAUUCGUAGGGUAAGAGAUCUAAAUACGAGCCCAAUUAUAAGCCUAGUAACAAAAGAUGACGUCAUUAUAACCAUUAAAAAUAUUGUUUAAAUUACGAGCCUCCUUUUAACAAAAGGAUAUGUAAGCUGGUAAAACAAUAGGCACUGCCCGUAUUUGGAUGUUUAACCCUAUUUGUAUCGAACGCACGAAUUCAGCGAGGUUAAAUUUUUGAAUGCUGAAUUCCCAAAGGAAAAAAGCGCUAACCGUUACGCAAUAUCCGCAAUAUAAUUAAGUAAAAUUUAUGUCCGAUAAAAGUUUUCAAAUCACGCAAUAUUUUCCUACGCAUGCCAAAUAGUCAAAUUCUAUAUUUUAAGAUAGGCUUUUCAAACGAUACCAAACCGGAUAAUAUUCUUGUUCCCAGAAAAUGCAGCUAUGUAAACCAAACCAGUUUUUCGCAUUUUCUGGCCGCAAGACAACAAAGCACUGUACUGCCUCACAGGGACAUUUCUUGCUGAGGCGUGAAGGGUAUAUUCCUUCUCGCACGCCUCAACAAAAAAAUUCUCAGAGAAACAGUAAUAGAGACAUUUUACUAUAUAGCACUUCGAAGAACUGUGAACUUCUAUAACCUUUAGUUUAUUUACAAGACAAACAACUUUGACGAAAAAUAUAUAUUUUUGUCAAGUUAGAUUUUUUUUAUGAGUGGCACCUCGCAAUAUAGAAGUGCUAUAUAGAAUGAAAAUGCUGGGCUGGAUGGAAGUUGCAAAGCUCUGAAAAGCUCUUUCAUUAGCAUUGCAGAUUCUUAUUGUUUUUUCAGCUGUCGCACUCUUGUUCUUUUUGCAAAAUUGUUAUGAAUUUUCCACUUUAUUUCAAUUUCUCAAAUUUCCGGAAUAUAUAAAAAUUUAACAGUUUAUAGCAGUCCCAGUGUAUAGACAAGCAGAAAAUGGGAAGUGUUCCAUGUUUGAAAUGCCUUUUUUUUUUUAAAUUUCCAUUUUUCUUUACAAAAAAAUGUCUCUAGAAUCCUAAUAGCCAGCCAAACACGAAAAUCAAAUUUGAAUAAAUAAUUUUAGUCGAAUCUUUAGAACGGAAUGGUGUAAAUAUUUUUUAUUUUGUGAUUUGUUAUUGUAUUUGUCAUUGUUAAUUAUUAUGUAAUCUACACGUGCGGGUGAUCUUGCAUCAUCCGAUGGAUAUUUUUAUUUAAUUUAUUUUUACGAAGAAAAAAAAUGUACAAACUACCUAGAUGCUGUGUAAAGUCUGUAAAAAAAAUAAUUUGUGUUAAAUUGAAAAAAUAAAAUUCAAAGAACAAUCUGACCC